CAACCUCCUCUUCACCCAGGCACUUAGAUCAGCCUCAACUCUUUAGCUCUUGUUGUUUAGUGCUGGUCAUGGUCUUGUGCUUCAUGCCGACCAUCCAACAAUCCUUAGCAUAAUGGAUUCCCCUUUGACCCAGCAAAGUAGACCGGAAACCUUCAAACCGAAGGUCGUGCAACUAUACGAGAAUUUGUUCCAGACUACGGAUUAUGUAGAGCCCUCGGAAGGAUUCUGGAGGGAAUUCUUCUUGUUGCCCCCGGAUCGAAGCCGGCUCAAUGCACUCCUAGAUCAGCUCAGCCCCGAUGAAACCCUCAAUUUACAGUCUCAAACCCAGCAGCUUUUCACUCGUGCCAUACGCGAAGCUGCCUCAGGGUCCAGCCCCGUUGAUUCAUAUGCUCUCGAGACCUUGACGGUCUUUCUAGCCUGUGUAUUGAAGAAAAAAUACACUAAUCCCAGCUCCGAUGUCAUCACCGUUCUUGCUGGUCUUGACAAUGUUGAUCAUGCGAUCUACAAUUUUGUCGCCGUUUUGGAUGGCAUCAUCCGCAACGGCAAGAGCUAUGCCUUACGACUUCAGGCAAUUAAGACUGCCAUUGCAAUGGCUGCUGGCGCCUACAAGACCAGCUUGGUCUCGUAUCUCACGCAUCGCGACCUGUUCCCUUCUAUCAUGAAGUUCGUUCAAGAGUCUGAGACGCCCAUGCAAAUAUUCGAGCCAUUCCUUCUUCUCGGCUUGUUAGCAAAUUACAACAAAUUCGAAAUGCAGAACCCGUACCAGUUAAGGCUCGACGACUUUGUGAACGAAGCGAGCAUCCAAAAGAUUGCCAGGGGAGUUGGCGCCUCCUGUGGAGGCCUUAGGAACGGAUAUGUCGCCGUGCAGGACGACUCUCCGGAGGGUUGGACGCUAAUUAGCACGUUGAUGUACUUUGGCUUGGGCGCUCUUACUUCUGGUAAGAAGGAUCGCCCGAGCCCACCGACUGCCGAGGAAGCGAAGGAAUUAUUUGCAUCUCUUCCGACGCAACAGGCAGCGAUGCUCCUAGCUACAUACGAUUUCAUCAACGCCAACAAACUGUUUGGACUUCACCUCAUCAGCCUAGCCCCGGAGAAAGACAACGAGGAAUCCCCAUUCGCGGCGUUCCUCUCUCUAUCUUCCUACCUCCUGCAACAUGCCUACCGAUCCCCAAGGACCGCACACUACGCCGAGCUCAAUCUCCUUACUCUUCGCAUCAUCUCCGAAGACAACGCGCUCUGCAAGCAGCUCUGCAGCGACGAAAGCAAGCGCAAGAUUCGACUCUGCCGCCAGAAACAACCCUACCUCCCCCUCGUCACCGGCGAACGAGUCCUGACAACAGCCAUCUUCGACAUCCUCGUAGAUACCCUCACGCACAACCUCCGACGUCGCCUCGACGUCAAUCUUUACAGCCACUGCAUCGCGAUCUUCCUCCGUCUCCUCACGCACCUCUCCAAGAACAAAAUCCGCCUCGCAUACCACUGGUCCGAACUAUGGCGCACAUUGCUCUCCCUGAUGCGCUUCCUGACAAGCUACGUAUCCGACCUACUGAGCAGCACCCCGCACAUCCACACCCUCACCACGACGCUAGUCAACCUAAUCGCCUUCUGCGUCUCCGCAGGCGACACCUUCCUCCCGGACCCAGCCUCGUACGACGACCUCUUCUAUAAGCUCGUGGAGACGGGACCCAUCAUCGCCAAAUUCCGCGACGUGUACCACUUCAAAGGCGCCUCCACCAGCAGCUCCAUCCACAACCCUGUUGCGACCUCGGGGAUCGGGGCAGGCCACAUCCCCAAGGCGGCGAUGGACCCGGCCAGCACGGACAUCCCCGUGGCCGCGAUCGAGACGCUGAUCGCCGUGUCCACGCACUUCUACACCCUUCUGUUUGUCGCGGAUAAGGGCGGCGAUGCCGGCGGGACGGAGGACGGCGAGAGCCCUGUGCCGGUGCCGGCCAACCUGAAGAAGCAUCUGAGUCCGCGCGAGGUGCACCGGAUCAUCAAGCAGGGGUACGAGACGCUGAGUAUCCCGCCGCUGGAGGGGCUCAGCGCGUGGCAGAAGUUCCGCGAAGCGGAUUGGAAGGUGGAGUUGAAGCGCGCGGCGCGGUGCGCGGUGGAUGAUGCUAGGCAGUUAGUUGCGUAGGGUUGUCUCGAUGAUAAUUGUUGUGGCUGACAGGUAUUGAGUAUAGCGUUUAAAAGAAGUGAUAAUUUUUGUUCACCAAGCGCUUGGGAGGCUUGUGUGGAGGUUCUACGUAAGUGAGCUGUGUUGCGCGCGUGCUUGUUGAAAGGUUGAUACAUUUCCGUCGAAUUUUUGAAUGCCAUGCAUGUCCAGUCAAUCGACGCUUC